GGGGGGGUCUGGACCAGGCCACCGGGAAGCCUGGUGCAGCAGCUUGCCCGGGUCGUCCCCAGAGAGGACUGUCGCCUUUGGCCCCCCGAUAGCCCCCUGAUCAUCUCUCCUCCGGCUGCGUCGCCGCAAGGAGGUUCUUCAAGGAGCUUUGCGGCGCUCACACAAAGGGCGGGAGGGAGGCGGCCGGGGCGGACUCGGGGACCCGAGGACCCGGAGCACCCCAGAGGCCGGUUCUUCCUGGUCGCGAGCCAAACGCUGAGAGGCCGCCAGGGAGGGCGUGGAGGAGGGAGCCUGUCCUUUAGGAUCCGACUGCUGCACGGGCAGUCGGGGCGCGCGCGGACUUGAGAGUGGAGCGGAGGGACAAGAGGGUGGAGCGGAGUGCGUGGCGGGCCGUGGCGGGCGGGUCCCCCCCGAAGCUCGAGGAGUCGCCGCGAAGCCCGCGCGCGCGCGCUUGCCUUUCGCGCGCCGAUCUGGGCCGAACUAACAAGCUCUGCUUUGGAGAAGGGGCUGGAGCCCCGCCACCGGCGCCUUGGGGCAACGGCCGUCGAGCAGCUGGUGCUGGCCGCCCGAGCCGGGAGGGCGACUCUCGCCGGGCGGGGAUGGUGGACGAGCCGGCGGGGAUUCGCCGGCGCGCGGCCGCUACUCGGCCGGGCGCUGCCCGCCAGGGGGCGACGCCACGCGGGGUCCGCAGCCGGCGACCCGCAGCGAAGAGGCGGCGGGGGCCGUAGGGGAGCCGGUCGGGCACCCACAGAACUCCGCCGGCUCCCAGAGUCUCCCGAGUCCACUAUCCGAAGAGUUCGGAAACGAACGCCCCACCUUUGCUAUGUUGCCCUUUGGAGACAAAACGAGAGACAUGGUCAACGCAUGGUUUUCAGAGAGAGUUCACAAUAUCCCCAUGUGCAAGGAAGGCAUCCGAGCCCACACCGAGUCCUGCGCGUGCUCUCUGCAGCACAGUCCUCAUGCAGAUAAUACCACUUCUGGAGCACCAGCCAGAAAAAUCUCAGCCUCUGAAUUUGACCGACCUCUUAGACCCAUUGUCGUCAAGGAUUCCGAGGGAACCGUAAGCUUUCUCUCUGACUCAGGAAAAAGGGAACAGAUGCCACUAACCGCCCCAAGAUUUGAUAGUGAUGAAGGGGACCAGUGCUCAAGACUCUUGGAGCUAGUAAAAGAUAUUUCCAGUCAUUUGGAUGUCACAGCCUUGUGUCACAAAAUUUUCUUGCAUAUCCAUGGACUCAUCUCUGCUGACCGCUAUUCCCUGUUCCUUGUCUGUGAGGACAGCUCCAAAGACAAAUUUCUCAUCAGCCGCCUCUUUGAUGUUGCUGAAGGUUCAACGCUGGAGGAAGCUUCAAAUAACUGUAUCCGUUUAGAGUGGAACAAAGGCAUUGUGGGACAUGUGGCAGCUUUCGGCGAACCCUUGAACAUCAAAGAUGCCUAUGAGGAUCCCCGGUUCAAUGCAGAAGUUGACCAAAUUACAGGCUACAAGACACAAAGUAUCCUUUGUAUGCCAAUUAAGAACCACAGGGACGAGGUGGUUGGUGUAGCUCAGGCCAUCAACAAGAAAUCAGGAAAUGGCGGGACAUUCACUGAAAAAGAUGAAAAGGACUUCGCAGCCUAUCUGGCGUUCUGUGGUAUUGUUCUUCACAAUGCUCAGCUCUAUGAAACGUCACUGCUGGAGAACAAAAGAAAUCAGGUGUUACUCGACCUUGCUAGCUUAAUUUUUGAAGAGCAGCAGUCACUAGAAGUCAUUCUGAAGAAAAUAGCGGCCACUAUCAUCUCCUUCAUGCAGGUGCAGAAGUGCACCAUCUUCAUCGUGGAUGAAGACUGUCCUGACUCUUUCUCUCGUGUGUUUCACAUGGAGUGUGAGGAAGUAGGGAAACUCUCCGAUCCCUUAACAAGGGACCACGAUGCAAACAAGAUCAAUUACAUGUACGCUCAGUAUGUCAAAAACACAAUGGAGCCACUUAAUAUCCCAGAUGUCACCAAGGACAAAAGAUUUCCCUGGACAAAUGAAAACAUGGGACAUAUGAACACGCACUGCAUUGGAAGUUUACUUUGCACGCCUAUAAAAAAUGGGAAGAAGAACAAAGUCAUAGGUGUUUGCCAACUUGUUAAUAAGAUGGAGGAGAAUACUGGCAAGAUCAAAGCUUUCAACCAAAACGAUGAACAAUUCCUGGAAGCGUUUGUCAUCUUCUGUGGCUUGGGAAUCCAGAACACACAGAUGUACGAAGCUGUGGAGAGGGCCAUGGCCAAGCAGAUGGUGACGUUGGAGGUCCUGUCUUACCACGCAUCAGCGGCAGAGGAGGAAACAAGGGAGCUCCAGGCUUUAGCGGCUGCUGUGGUACCAUCUGCCCAAACCCUGAAAAUUACCGACUUCAGCUUCAGUGACUUUGAGCUGUCUGAUUUGGAAACAGCACUGUGUACAAUCCGGAUGUUCACUGACCUCAACCUUGUGCAGAACUUUCAGAUGAAACAUGAGGUUCUUUGCAGAUGGAUCUUAAGUGUUAAGAAGAAUUAUCGGAAGAACGUUGCUUACCACAAUUGGAGGCAUGCCUUUAACACAGCACAGUGCAUGUUUGCUGCUCUGAAAGCCGGCAAGAUUCAGAACAAGUUAACAGAUCUGGAGAUCCUUGCAUUGCUGAUUGCUGCUUUAAGCCAUGAUUUGGAUCAUCGUGGUGUGAACAACUCAUACAUACAGCGGAGCGAGCACCCCCUGGCCCAGCUAUACUGCCACUCCAUCAUGGAACACCAUCACUUUGACCAGUGCUUGAUGAUUCUAAACAGUCCAGGCAACCAGAUUCUCAGUGGCCUCUCCAUUGAAGAAUAUAAGACCACACUGAAAAUAAUCAAGCAAGCAAUUUUAGCCACAGACCUAGCACUGUACAUUAAGAGACGAGGAGAAUUUUUUGAACUUAUAAGAAAAAAUCAAUUCAGUUUUGAAGAUCCUCUUCAGAAGGAGUUGUUUCUAGCAAUGCUGAUGACUGCCUGCGAUCUCUCAGCAAUUACUAAGCCCUGGCCUAUUCAACAACGGAUAGCAGAACUCGUGGCAGCCGAAUUCUUUGAUCAAGGAGACAGAGAGAGAAAAGAACUUAACAUGGAGCCUGCUGAUCUAAUGAACAGGGAGAAGAAAAAUAAAAUCCCAAGCAUGCAAGUUGGGUUCAUAGAUGCCGUCUGCCUGCAGCUGUAUGAGGCCCUGACCCACGUAUCAGAAGACUGUUUUCCCUUGCUGGAUGGCUGCAGGAAGAACAGACUGAAAUGGCAAGCCCUCGCGGAGCAGCAGGAGAAGGCGCUCAUUAAUGGGGAGAGCAGCCAGGCCAAGGGUGACUGACAGCCUGCCUCAGCCCCGCCCCCACCCUGUGUGCGAACUGCCGCAGGCCUGGUUUCACCGUACACUAUGCAGACUUGAGUGCACUUUGACACUGCUGUAUUUUAUUUUUUGCACAACUUUUGAGAGCAUGACGUGUUUCCGAGAUUGCUACCUACUUUCCAUACUUUUUUGUUUUGUGCCACUGAAGUGGAGCAGUCACGCCCACUCUAACGUUUUGAUAAGGACGGUGUAAACCGCACUUCUACACUCCAGCUUGGUCAUGCACGGGGAUUAUCAAUAACCGGCCUUUGUGUUUCUGAGUCACCAGUCUUUCAAAACAAGUUAGGAAUCGUUCUCAAAAGUGGGUUGGGGGUGAACUGAAUGUGUACGGGACAUUUAAAGCCGUCCUGAAAUUAAUGCUGACCGAGUGGGUGUUAGGGAGAAAUGAAUAUAAACUUGUCAGAAGUGUCUUAACUAAGUUAAAGAAUUGUGAAAGAAGGAAACGUGGUACCUAAUUGCUCUGCUCUUUCUGGGAUGGGGAGAACUUGCGGUACAAUCCAUCUAUGUGGCAGAACAAACUUAAGCUCCAGCCCAUCCAUGCAGCCGCUCUUCAGCACGCAUGCUCCACGCUGCAUCUAAAGCCCCCAGAUGACACCCCCUCCCCCAGCCCCCAGCUGACUGUCCCAAGAGAGAGUGUAUACCAGACACGGAAGGGCCUUGGAUAGGCCUCUGCCAAAAGAAAUGUUUUACUUGAAGAUCUUUCUGACAAUCCACAUUUUUAAAUACUGAAAACUUUUUAAGCUAUUUUUAAAAUUUUUCUUUUCCCUCUCUUCUCCUUAAUUCAGCAGUUUUAAGUUUCAACAGAGAUAUGGUCACAGGGGCGCCUGCCUGAAGGCAGGUAUGCCUACAGAUACACCAGUGCAAUUUAGUCCUUGUCCCUCUGUCGACUGAAAUUGGCAGGAAAAAACUAUUAAUAAUUCUGUGAGUAGCAGAGGCUUGUCUCCAGUAGGCAGGUCAGACAAUGAAUUUAAAAGCACAGUGUGUAAAAGUCUCCCUGCCCAAACAAAACAACAUUCAGUAUUGGAAGUAGAAAAUGAAUUCAAAACAAAACAAAACAAAAACCCAAGCAGCUGCAUUAGGGGAGGAGUAUCCAUUCCAGAUGUGCAGAAAUAUGUGGGUUUGGGGCUGAAUUAGAAGGAUUUGAUUUAUUAAUCCCUACCUUUUUCCCACAUCCUCCCAAAGAGGGUAAAGUAUUUCUAGCAUUAAUUUAUGUUAAAGCGGUUUCUUUCUUCCUUUUUUUCUCCGUUUAAAACUCAGCAUGGUCAUUUUAAUCCUGUGUACGUAUAUUUUAUUGUGGCUUUGUUCUUCCUCAGAUAUGAAAAGGCAGAGCAGGUUAUACUGGCACUGUUUUGUAUUGGCCAAGGCUAGUCCAGGGAGUUGUCACCCAAUACUAAGUGUAUUCUUGUUGUAAUACUUGUAUUUUAUUUCAGAUUUUUAUUUUAUUUUUAUUUCAUGUCAUAUAGAUGAAACCUGUAAGGUUGCUCUAAUGCACUGGUGUGUAAAUGAUACAGACUGUCACUAAUAAUAAUCAUAUCAGCAUACGUGUAUACGCCUAUGCAGAGUGUAGACGCGCUGCUUAGAGGACAUUCUACAAGCCUGUCAUUGUAUCCCACGCACUGUGAACGAGCAGCUAGGCUGAAAUGCACUCAUAUACAUGUGUAGCUUCUCCACACUCUUCUGACUUAAGUCACUGAGAAUAGUUUUAAAGAUGACAGAUUAGAUGUGAAGGAUUUAUCUAACAUAUUAACAGGCAAGAAGUCAAGUGUAGAUUAGAAAUUAUUUGGCUUGCUUUAGAUAAUGGUUUGUUUUACUCUAGACAUGAACACAGGAAAAGCCUUGCCCUAUCUGUGAUAGUUGGGUAUUUUAGUUCAGACAGGAGAGUGUUAUUUUAUUCAAAUAGUUUUUAUUUUAUCAGAAAACCAUUCCAUACAUGGAUUUCUAUCUGUGGUACAAGAACACAAAUCAUAGUUUUUGUUCUGAAUGUGAAUAUUGCCUUUCUAGUGUCCACUCAAGUUGGAAUAUAUUUAUCACAUUGUUAUAAUUCCUCUCUCAUGUGGCCAUGAAUCAGUAGUGCCCCUAAUGAAUAAGGUGAUCUUGUCCUGGAUUGUUCCUUUGACAAAUCGCUUGGCUGACUGUAGUGAAAUAAUAUGAUAUCAUGUCAUUUUAACUUUCAGCCAGAAAAAAAAUCCCUGUGGUUUGGUAACUUGUCUAUAAAGUUUUCUGAUCUUACACGUUUAGAAGAGUCGCCUUUGCCAGGCAGGGGGCGUAACCUCUGCACCUAAGGAAGCUGUGAUCCUCAUGUAGUUAGAUUUGGAGAAAGCCUGUGUUUGAGCCUUCCUUAUGGGCCUUUGAGACCACUGUUGGAAUGGGGUAUUGAGGUAAUGACCUCAUCAGGCCGGUCAUUUCUUACCUUGAGUUCCUUAGAUGGAAAAGAAGUACUUUUAAUUUGUCCACACAGACCUGGCUCAGAGCAUAAAUGUAGGGUGAUACUCUGUUACUGGUUGGCUAAUUAUGAUGAAGAGCUUCUUUUAGCAGCAACAUGGAGAUGAAGGUAUAUAGGAAAAUGGGCUGGAAAUAUUGGCUUCUUGGAGGAACUUGAGUCACAGAAAUCCUUGCCUACCAGUUAAGUGCCUUUACUCUCAGAACUUUGCCCAAGUGUGAGGCUUGGCACCUUUUCCAUUUCCCAAUUUCCUGUGUUUCUCCUAAACCUUGUCAGGCAAGCAGCAUGGCAUUCUGCUUUAACUUGACUUAAGAUGAGAAGAGAUGAAAUGUCCCCCGCUCUCCUGUAAACAGCCGUCUCAAAUAAGGUGGCAGAAUUUAAUUACUCAGUAUCAACCAUGCAUCAGCCCAUUUUUUAUUAAACCUGCUCCUUAUGUUAGGUACAGUGCUCAGAUGCUGUAACACAGCAGGAAAUCCCAGGAGCUCAUGGGCCACACAGGAAAUGACUAAGGGUAUCAGUUCUCAUCCCACUGACUUGACGCGCAAGCGUACAAGACUUUCCACCACUUUCUCUUUGUCUCUAACAUACUAUGCACUUUUAUCCCAAAUUUCUUAAGAAUCUGUCCGAGAACAUUCUGGCCUCCGGUUGACGUGGGUCAUUUACCUUGCUGAAAGCUUAAAGAACACUUUAUGUAAGGAGUCGCAUCUUCUAUGACUAGGUCAUGUUUCCAUAUUGCAACUAAAGAGAGAGAGAGAGAUCAGAGUUCUCAGACUAUUCAAUUGCAGAUGUGGACUCUUUCUGCCCUCUCGCAGAGAGCAAAGAAGGAAGUAUUAAAACUUACCUCACCCUUCCACAUUGUUGUCAAAAGCCUGUGUAGACAUGUCUUGAAUGUCAUUGAAAGUGAUGUAAAUAGCUGAAAAUAUAUAAAUUUCUAUUACAGUUUAAGAACUCAAAUGAACCAUCACUCGCCACUGUGGAUGAUCUAUUUGUAUUCUUAUGCCUUUUCAAUAUAUCUGAACAAAUAUAUAGUUUCUGGCACUAUUUUUAUACUAGCAUAAAAGGAGUUACUAUGUAAAUUAUGUUUUGUUGUGAAGUCAUCUAAAAAUGUCCUCACCCCACAUUAUAAACCAUUUCCAGCGAUCCUUCUCUGAGAGUGUCACUCAGCAGAAGCACACACCCACCUGCCCCAGGUCCCUGUGGAGCCAGACCUGGUUAGGGUAGGUGUGAACUCACCAGAUGUCGGUUGCCAUUUUGCAGUGCUGUAAAAAUAAAGUAAACGAACGAGAA